GCUGGGACUUUAAUUGCAAGCUUCAUGUCAAGCUUCCUGUUCCUACCUCUGUUUUAUGUUUUUUCUUACCACUUUCCUGUUCAAUAAUUACAUAUGAAACUGUUUUCCACAUAAUAAAUUUAGAAAGGAUUUGUAGCAGGAAUAGACAUUUUUGCUCAGAGGAUGGGUUAACCGCAGGACUCACGUUUGAGGUUUCUUUUGAUUAGGAGCAUCAUGCGAGAUUGCUGUUGUCCUGCGGGAGGGAAACGAGCAUUCCAGCGGGUUUUGCCAUUCAGUGUCUAAUUGCGGGGGAGGGGGGUAGUCUUGAAUUGUACCUGAUGGUAGUGAACAAUUGCAUUUGCAAAUGUGGCAUAUGAUUUGUUGUAGGUGUGUUCCGUUUGUGGGUGGUGAACGCUAAAAAAAAUAAAAAUAAAAAAUGGAGGGGUUGGGAGGAAAAUUCGGAUGAGUUGGCUGAGAGGUCACAGCAUGGAGUGAAUGGACUACCGAUGAUUAAAAAAAAAAAGGAUGAUUACAUUUUGAUUGAGAGGGUACAGAUGACCCGUGGUGGAAAAUAACGCCACAUAUUUCAUAGUUAACUAUUCUGGCUGCUUGCCAAGUACAAGUAGAACAGAUCCACGUAUGUGAAGUCGCUAUUUUUAAUCACAUCCACGGACAAAGUUUCACGCAUAUGUUAAACACAUUUUCUGCAUUGCACUACAUAUUGAUUUGUAUAGCGCAUACACUCGUAAGGAGAAUAUGAGACAUGGACAGCAUACAAGAGACGGAAAAAUAAAUAGUACUGACGACGCAUAAAAGACAAAUAUAGAAAAUGCAAAGAGAAACUAAGUAACAAGAACUGGGAAUUUCGCGAUGCUGCAGAGAAAGAAGGCAGCAAAAAGGGGGAGGGGGAAAAAAGGACGCACUGUGGGGGGUAUGUUAGGUGUAGUGCUCAAGGAAUAUGUACGGUCAAGUCCAGUGACACGCAGUCCCCAAACAGCAUGUAUGUACAUAAUAAAACGACUUGCAAUAUUAUAUCCAUUACGCACAUGUACCAAAGCAAUAAUCCCACGUCCUCGUCAGCCGGAGAAAAAAAAACUAGGGGAAAGAACUCUAUUCACUUUCAUCGUAUUCCGGGAGAGUAGCGUGUGCGUCUGAAGUGUUUUGCAUCUUUCGUCGAAACAAUCUUAUGAAAUGGACUAUUGUCCGGAGAUUGCAGUGCUUCACGGCGCCUUCGCACUAGCAAAAACAAAGGGCGACGAAAUCAUGUUCUGCAACCAGAAAGGCAAAAGGAGUGGUGAAGCAUAUGCCCUUAUCAAGAAUGCUCUCUGCGAAAUUAUUAGAGGUUUAGAAGGCAGUCGGCCACAACACGAGCAGCAGAAAUGGAGUAAACGUCUUCAUCUUAUACUUUUCCAAAAAACAUUUGUUUACAAGAAGGGACCUGUUGGAUCACAGGAAAAUAAUCAAAGUAGACCAGGAUCCCUGGAGUUGUUGUGUUGGCCUCUACCAGGGUUCCACCCAAGUUUGUAUUUUGAGCUUGUAGACAAUAUGAGCUGGACUGGAUUCAUAGGAGAGAUCCUUGCAGAAGCUGAGUGGAAAAUUUGCAUGGACUUUGCAACUGCCUGCUUGGACUACUGCUCAAAUGGACCAGCAUUUUCAAAUGAUUUGAACCUUUUGGCUACUAUAAUAGACUUUCUGCUAUCUUCAGUAAUAUCUGAUGUUUUACAAGCAAAGGGAAAUCAAAUGUGCUCCAUGAGUCAAACAUCAGCAGGACUGUGCUGGAAACACAAAAAUCUUGAUGAUAAGAGCUGUGCUGAGAUGAUAAGCUGUUUGAUGAAUACUCUAGAGCUCCUGCGGCAGUGGUGUUCUAAACAUCAGACUGAAAAAAAGUCAGACUUGACUGAGAGCCAACCAGUGCUUUGCAAUCGUGUAUUGCCUUGUCUCCUGCUUUUGAGUGUACUGUCACUGACACCAGACCCCUCUUCUAAAAUGGUAUCAACAGUAAACCAUCUGUUUGCUUCAGAUGAUGAAGACGACAUAGCUGUUUCGGAAGUAAAGACAUUUGAGCAGGCAGAUCCUGAUGGAACUGAGCAUUUGCCUGCAGUUUCUGUGUCUGGUACACAAGAGUUUGUGUUAACAUCCUUGCAUAAUGCAACUUGUCAGGACACUUUCAUAAAUGCUGUUCACAGACUGCUCUUGCUUUUAGAAUCAUCUCUUGGUGAUACACAGGAUUGUCUUCAUUCAGAAGAUAACGCUGAUCUUGGAAAUCAUAUCAGCUUAGAGUUAAACCUUAUGGGUUUUAAACAGCCUAUGAAAACAGCAGAAAUCAUGAAAGAACUGUGCACAUGUUUCUCUGUUUAUCUUGAUUUACCUGAAGACUCUGUAAUAAAAUUAACUUAUAAUAAGGUUAAAAAAAUUGCUGCUCAAGUUAUACAGAGGGAGAAGGAAGAGGAGAAAAAAAGGCAAAACCCUUCUCUAAAAGAGGUCAUGGAGAGAAUUCAAAAGCGGCUCCCUCGCUGGAAAGCAUGCCUAGAGUAUGGUUUGGCCAAAAGGGACUUGGAUUCUUGGUGGCUGGCAGGAUUUUUAGAUUUCCUCAGAACAGAACAAAAGCUCCUACUCAAAGAAUCUGAUGUCAUUCAUUUGAUAAGCAUCUUCUCUGAAAUCACUCAAUCUCACAUCAUUUCUGCAAAUGAAAGUGUCAAGAAAAAAUUGGCUGAGAUAACAAUGAACGUGUUCAGUAGACUUAAUCUGGCAACACAAGAGAAGAUCAUUCUUGACAAGUACCAGAAUAGGGCAUUGCCUAAUCUUCCAUUGGUGCCAUAUUUUGACCAGGCCUUGAGAGUCACAUUCAACAAACUUACUGUCAGUACAGCCCUCAAGGACUUGCAGCAGAUGGUGUGCCUAGCUCUCCAUGACCCUGCACUGUUGCUGCAGUACUCAGUACAGAUGGCUGUAGCCAGUUCUGGUCAGAUCCCAGUGGUUAUCAAGGUUUUUAGCCUGAUGCCUGCAGUGUGUAGAACUGAACACCCUGUCCAUCACAGUGACUGUUCCUUGUUAUGCCACUGUUUGCAUUCUGCCCUUGUGACCCAUGAGUUGGACAGCAGUGAGCAAAAAAAUUUCAUGGGCUUACUGGCUUCAUUGAUUCAGACUUACAAGUGUGAUGAUAAACAGCCUCCACUGCUUAUGUUAUCUGACUUUUUGACAACCUCUGUACUUCCAUUCAUCACGAUCAGAUCAACACCAUCAUGUCAUCCAGUCAGCACAGACUUUGCCUUGAGACUACUGAUUUGCUGCUUAGAUUCAGCUCUUUCUGUCAGCUUGUUGGAUUGGUUGGAAGAGAUUCAUCCAGCAACUCUGAUUAUAUGCUGUGCUGACCGUUUACAGGAGUGCGUGGAGCUUGUAACAAGGAAAAGAGACAUUAAUUAUUAUGUUAGGCUCAAGACCCUUGUGCUUACAGCUGUAGGUCUUUUAGAAAAGUGUCUCAGUGUCCCUGACUGUUCUCUUAAAGGAAACAGUUUGAGCUGGGUCAGGAAAAUGUGUUCAUCUUAUGACUGGACAGUUGUAGGUUAUUUGGGCAACAUCACUGGACCGUCUGCUGCCAGUGAAGGCAGUGAGGCAAUAUCUCAUUUAUUAGUUAAAGCUGUCUCAACCUUGUCAUCAGAAACUCUUCCUAUUUUACGUCUGACUGCCAUCAGUGAUGAGGCUGAGAAGAAAGUUGUGCAAAAGAUAUGGUGCCUCAGACCCACCAUACAGGAGAAUAUCCUGCUUGUUGGCCUGUUCCAGGUCCUUCCGAACCUUUUGGUACCUGAGAUUAAGAGAGUCGUGCGGCUGUUGUCAGCCAUCAUUGAUGCAGACUGUAGUGACAUUGGAUUCCGUUGCCUUUUUGUCAGCAACAUUCAUUUUUCUGACUUGAAUGAGGUCAAGAAGGAGCUGCUUUUAUCUCAGCUGCUAAUGGAUGCUGCAGUACUUGUUUGUCAUCAUCAUCAGGAAGCUUCUCAGCCUGUUUUCCAUCAUCUUGGUCAGCUAUUGGUGGCCGGCUUUCAGGAAGUGCUGCUGAGUGUGGACAAGCAGGAAUGCAAAGAAGAAGCCACUGCACUGGCCCAUUUUCAGAUUUUUGCCCACAUUUGUAUCCUACUGUCUUGUGCACCGGAUCUGACACAAACUCUGUUUGUUGUUCUGCUGGAUAUCUUGGCCAAGCAAACACCAGUUUCUGUGACAUGUGGGACUAAGUUGAGGAAAUACUAUGAAGCACUAUUUCUUGCUCUAAAGCUUGUACCAGAAGGUUCAAUGAAAGAAACUCUGUGCAAGAAAGUAGAACAACUCAGCAUAUGAAGAAAGAUUUAAAGUUGUUUGACUGAUAAAACAAGACAUUCAUAAUUGUCGACAUUUUUUGUGUUUUUCUUUCUCUGCAAACCAUAGAUCAUAUAAGUAUGUCCCCAUCUCAGGAAAAAAAAUAUUAUAAGGCUGUGAUUUUUUUGCUUUGCAAACCAUGGAUCAUAUAGGUAUGCCCCCAUCUCAGGAAAAAAAAAUAUUAUCAGGC